AUGGAUAUAAUAGAACCACGCACGAAAGAGACAUCGAUACAAGACGAAGCAACCAAUACAAUAAAGAUGACAUCAACAAUGACACCAACGGAUUUAGACAAAAUGGAAAUGGAUACAAUUAUAGACGACAAGAUUACGGUAAUAACAGAAGAAGAGGGAACGACAUCCAUUAUGGACAUAGAUAUUGAACCAACUUCAUUACCUUUAAUAAGGGAGGAGGAGAUGGAUUUCGAAUUAGAAGAUGAAGAAAAUUUAACACAAUAUAUUAAAAAAAAUAAAAACAUAAAUAAUUCAAAAAAAGGGUGUUUAAAUAUUAGAGGAAUAAACGAUGAAAAAGGGAAAAAUAACAAACAACAAAAAUUAAAAGAAUUUAUUGAAAAAGAAAAUUGGGAUAUAGAUGGUAUCAACAAAAUGAAAAUUAAAAAAUCAAAAGGAAAGUAUAUAUACAGAGAUUGGCAAAAUAUGAAAAUUAGAAAUAAUAGCGCAGAAGAAGAUAAAAGUAAAGGGAGUCAAUUACUUAUACAAAAACUUUGGACUAAAUUAUGCAUGAUAAAUUACCAAGAAUUAGAAGAUGACAAUAAUAUGAUAGACAUACAUCUAUAUUUUAAUAAUGACGAACCAAUGGAUACGUGGUCAAAUGGAAAUAUAUGUACAAGAAUAGAUUAUAUCUUUGUCAAUAAUGAAUUGUUAAAUAGAAUCGAGGAACAUGAAGUAUUAAAUAUAGAAGAAAGAUUAAUGACAGAUCACAAAGCGUUAACGAUUACGAUUAAAAUUGAUAAUGAGACAACCACAACAAACAACAAAGGCAAUAAUGAUAUGGGAAUAUUCAAAAGUAAAUUAUCAGUCAAAGAUUGGGAACUUAUAGCGGAAAAGGUUGAAGACAAUAUUGAAAAGCACAUGAAUAUUGAUGAAAAUGAAAACAACAACAAAGAAGAUAUAAGAGAUAUAGAUAAGAAGUGGGUAACUCUUAAGAAUAUAAUAGUCAAUGAAAUAACAAAUACAAGAAAAGAAGUAAAGGAUAAACAAAUGAUUGGGGAAAAGAAAUAUGAAACGGAUAUAAAGAAUAUGUCAGAAUGUGAACGUGUAAAAAUUAAAUUAAAUAUAAUAAUAGAAUUAGAAAAAUGUUUAAAGACAUGGGACAAAUUAGUUAUAGAAAAAAAUAGUUUCAAUGCGAAUAUGAGACGAGAUCUAGAUUUUAUGAUAAAAUUUAGCGGAAAAGAAAGGAAAGUGAUAACAAAUUACAAAAAAUUAGUUUACAGAUUUACAGAUAUAGUUAACGCUAGAGUAACGCUUAGUGUUAAAGAUGGACAAAAACUGUAUGACAGUUUAGACGAUACAAAAAAACUAGAUCAAGUUAAAUCUUAUCUGGAAAAGGAGAAAAAUAGGCUACAUAGUGACUUAUAA